AUGCAAGUUGCUUCAAAGUUGGUAGCCGUCACUGGCGGUGCCCUGGCGCUCUGGCUACAUCCAGUGGCAGCACAGGAAGGAUGUACCAACAUCUCCUCCACCGAGACGUACGAUUACAUCGUUGUGGGAUCCGGUGCUGGCGGUAUCCCUGUUGCGGAUCGCCUGAGCGAAGCUGGCCACAAGGUUCUCCUGAUCGAGAAGGGUCCGCCGUCGACGGGGAGAUGGGGUGGAAUAAUGAAACCGGAGUGGCUAAUCGGUACGAACCUGACCCGCUUCGACGUCCCGGGUCUCUGCAACCAGAUCUGGGCCGACCCAACCGGGGCCAUCUGCACCGACGUCGACCAGAUGGCGGGGUGUAUGCUAGGAGGAGGGACAGCGGUCAACGCCGGACUGUGGUGGAAGCCGCACCCUGCCGACUGGGACGUCAACUUCCCCGAGGGUUGGCACAGCGAGGACAUGGCGGAGGCCACAGAACGCGUGUUUGAGCGGAUCCCCGGCACCAUCACCCCGUCGAUGGACGGCAAGCGGUACCUCUCGCAGGGCUUCGACAUGCUGGGCGGCAGCCUCGAAGCUGCCGGCUGGGAGUACCUCGUCCCCAACGAGCACCCGGACAGGAAGAACCGCACAUACGGGCACAGCACCUUCAUGUACUCGGGCGGAGAGAGGGGCGGGCCCCUGGCCACAUACCUCGUCUCGGCGGUUCAGCGCGAGGGCUUUACGCUGUGGAUGAACACGACUGUGACGCGCAUCAUCCGGGAAGGCGGCCAUGCUACGGGCGUCGAGGUGCAGUGCAGCAACAGCGAGGCAGGUCAGGCCGGCAUCGUCCCGCUCACCCCCAAGACCGGCCGGGUUAUUGUCUCCGCGGGAGCAUUCGGCUCGGCGAAGCUGCUCUUCCGAAGCGGUAUCGGACCGAAGGACCAACUCAAUAUUGUCAAGAACUCAACCGAUGGGCCUAGCAUGAUUUCGGAGGACCAGUGGAUCGAAUUGCCGGUUGGCUACAACCUCAAUGAUCACGUCGGGACCGACAUUGAAAUAGCACACCCGGAUGUCGUCUUCUACGACUACUAUGGGGCUUGGGACGAGCCCAUCGUCGAGGAUACCGAAAGAUAUGUGGCCAACAGGACCGGUCCUCUGGCGCAAGCUGCACCAAAUAUUGGCCCGAUCUUCUGGGAGACCAUAAAGGGGAGCGACGGUGUCUCUCGUCACCUGCAAUGGCAGGCGAGGGUCGAGGGAAAACUCAACAGCUCCCGAUCUCGAGGCCGGAUGACUAUCACGAGGCGGUUGAAUACGGUAGUCUCGACCCCUCCAUACCUCCGAGAUGAGUAUGACAGGGAGGCCGUCAUCCAGGGCAUCGCCAACCUGCGAGAGUCAUUGAAAGGGGUGGCCAACCUGACAUGGAUUACUCCGCCGUCGAACGUGACGGUGGAGGAUUUCGUGGACUCGAUCCCGGCUACUCCGGCGCGCCGUUGCUCCAACCACUGGAUAGGCAAUCCCUCGGCAGCCAUUGUGAUCGCGGCCGAGUAUGCGGCGGCCAAGAUACUUGCGCUACCGGCCCCGGAGGAUGCGGCAUCGUGA